CGCCGAACAGCGACAUCGUGCCAGGGCUCUGCUCGUGCGCUGUGCCGCGCAUGCGCAGCGUCACUCCUCCAUGCAGGUUUGACGGUUGACCCUCGGCGGUGUGCGUCUGCAACGUAUUUGAAAGGAGGUGACCGCAAUAUAUUAUUGCUACUGGUUGUCAUAAAUAUGGCAGUGAAAUCUCUUGAUCAACGACUGCAAGUAAUGGAACGUUUCAUCGAAAGAAUUUCCCAGGAGAAAGGCAUUGCAAAGCCAAACUUUCCCGAACUCCCAAUUCAGACAUGCAGUGAGCAACUUGAUCUUGAAACGUCACUGUCAGAUGAGCAAGCCAAAGUAUACCUGUCAAGUUUCCUGCCAAUUCAACUUUUGCAGAUUGGAAAGCUCUCUCGUCUGGGCGGAAACUCGUUGGCUGAAAGUGUGCGAGUCCUGGUGAAAAAUCUUAUAAAGAGCAGCGUUGCGUUUCAAUACAGCUUAAGGGGGGCACAACAGAAAAAAGACUUUCCCGCAUUGCGGGUCUACUCCUGCAUUACUAAGGUACUACUGAAACGACACAACAGCGUUACGAUUAAAGAAGUCGAGGAAAGGAUACUUAGCCGGCGCACCUGACCGGGAGGGCGGACGAGAAGCCCGCAAAAGAAAGAAUCCUGUGUCUAAGCCAAACCAGCGGCGAAUAGACUUUCAUCCUGUGAUAACUUGUAAUCAGUAAAGUGUGUAGAACGUGCA